GUGAAUAUAAUAGAUAAUUUACUUUUUUGUGUUCUUUUAAGCGAAUCGAGAACAAAUUGUACGAACUGCUAAUUCUAUUCUCAUGCUUCGAUAACUAAUCGUUUUCUUCAUUAUAUAUUUUCUACUAUUUGUUUGUAUGUGCUUUUUCGAUUAACACUUUUUGUUCAUAAAUAUAAUUUUGCAGUAUCCACACGUAUUUCCAUCCAGGAUUUAUUUGUCAGGAUAGAGGAGAUUAUCUUAGUGGUUAUAUUUGAACUAACAACAGUUCAAUGAGACGUGCAAGUUAUGGUGGUGGUAGUCGUGGAGCACCAAGGGGUAGCAGCAAUGUUAACAGGAAUGAAAGCUAUAGUAGCCGUGGCUCAAGUUUCGGUAGUAGAGGUGGUGGAGAUAGUGAUGGCUAUAGAAGAGGUGGCCCUAUAGGAAGUGGAGGAAAUAGUUUUAAUAACUUAAAGAGUAAGCAACCUGGUGGAGCUUUACGCAAACCUAAGUGGGAAAAUGAAACACUUCAACCUUUUCAAAAAAAUUUUUAUACACCUCAUCCGUUAGUUUUAAACCGUCCUAGGCAAGAUGUGGAAAAUUAUGUCAAGGAAAAAGAAAUUUCAUAUGUUGGCAGUGAUAUACCAGAUCCAAUUAUGAAUUUUAAUGAAGUAAUUCUUCCUGAUUAUGUUUUUAAUGAAGUAAAGAAACAAGGCUUUAGUAAUCCAACACCUAUUCAAGCAGUUAGCUGGCCAAUUGCAUUGAGUGGGAGAAACAUGGUUGGAAUAGCUCAAACAGGUUCUGGAAAAACUCUUGCUUAUAUGUUACCAGCGAUAUUACACAUUAAUAAUCAGCCACGUCUUUUACGUUAUGAUGGACCAAUUGCCUUAAUAUUAGCUCCCACUCGUGAACUUGCUCAGCAAAUACAACAAGUUGCUGUAGCAUUUGGUACUUCUACAUUUGUUAGAAAUACUUGUGUUUUUGGUGGUGCUCCUAAAGGACCUCAAGCAGAUGAUUUGGAGCGUGGUGUAGAAAUUGUUAUUGCAACACCUGGGCGACUUAUUGAUUUCUUAGAAAGGAAUACAACUAAUUUAAAACGGUGUACAUAUUUAGUAUUAGAUGAAGCUGAUCGUAUGUUGGAUAUGGGUUUUGAACCUCAAAUACGUAAAAUUAUUGAACAGAUUCGGCCUGAUCGUCAAGUUUUAAUGUGGUCUGCAACAUGGCCUCCUGAAGUUAAAAACUUAGCUGAAGAAUUUUUGGAUGAUUAUAUACAAGUGAAUGUAGGUUCUUUGAAUUUAUCUGCUAAUCAUAAUAUUUCACAAGUGGUUGAAGUAUGUGAUGAUUAUGAAAAAGAACAAAAAUUAUAUGGGCUAUUAACCGAUAUUUUUUCACAACCUGACAAUAAAACUAUAAUUUUUGUUGAAACAAAACGUUCUGUGGAUAAUAUAGUGAAAUUAGUUAAUCGGAAUGGAUGGAGAUCCAUUGGAAUACAUGGUAAUAAGUCUCAAAAUGAACGUGAUCACACAUUGAAUCAGUUUCGUUCAGGCCAAGCAAAUAUUCUGGUGGCAACUGAUGUAGCUGCUCGUGGUUUGGAUGUGGACGAUGUCAAAUAUGUGAUAAAUUUUGAUUAUCCCAAUUCUUCUGAGGAUUAUGUACAUCGUAUUGGCAGAACUGGUCGUUCAAGCCGUACAGGAACAGCAUUUACUUUUGUUACUCCCAGCAAUGCUCGACAAGCCAAAGAUCUCAUAUCUGUGUUACAAGAAGCUAAGCAAGUGGUCAACCCAAAACUUUUUGAACUUGCAGAAAUGGCUGCUGCAGGAGUGUUUGGAAAAAUGGACCGUUCUAAUCGUAGUCGUGACCGAGGUGGUCAAAACAGUCGAGGUCGAGGAGGCCAUGAUCGUGGCAGUCGUGGGAACUUUAGUAGUGGUGGUGGCCGAGGAACAUAUAGUAACAGGGGGGCUGUCCCUUCAAGAGGAGGAAGUCGUGGCGGUUAUGUUGGUGGAAGCUAUAGUUCUAAUCGUGACAAUUAUUCUGGUGGAAAUCAGGGAGGUCGCAGUGGUUUUACAGGAAAUGCUGUUAACAGUUUAAGCAACAAUAAUAAUGGUAUGGCUCCAGGCCGUGAAAGAGCAAGCAGAUGGGGCGAUAGCAAUAAUAGUCAAGUAACCCAACACCAACCUAGUCAGCAUCAACCUACAUUUGUGUCGCAAGCCCCUGUUCAAAUGCCUAAUAUGAGUAACCCACCUCCCGGUUAUCCUAAUAAUAACUUUGGAUUCCAAGUGCAACAACCUAAUAAUAAUUUUAGGGGAGGGUUUUAAUUCAUAAUAAUAUACAAUUUUUUUUUAUCAAUUUAUUAUUAUAACGCACUUUAUUUUCAAACCACAUUUUAUUAGAUAACAAUGGUAUGCUAGGAAAAGUAAAUUAUUUAAAAUUUAAAA